UGCGCGAACUUCUUCAGUCUGCCACUCCACUUCUUUGGCACGACACUCCCUUUUCGGCGGCCUCACUCUUCAUUCUGCUGUCGCUUCACCUUGACUGAGGGGUGAUUGCGAGAAUCAACAGGCAGCCGCGCGGCAGUGGGUGGCAGACGGCACGAUGAUUUACGAGGACAUUCGCGCCAUCCACGAGGACGUGGAGCGCCUGGAGCAAGCCAUUGCAGACCGCAUUCUCGACGAUCCCAAGCACAUCCGGAGUUGCCUCGUUCGCGACCAUGAAAUCGCAAACUUCCUGCAACGCAUUCAAACGCAGUCACAACGUGCCGUCCAACUAUACGACGACCACGAAUCGCGAACACACGAACAGCAGCAACUGAGCACUGGCGACACAUAUGCCACCUUCUACGACGAACUCGCCAAGACCAAGGACUUUCACAAACGCUACCCCAACGAGCCCGUCGAGAACCUGGAGCGCGCAUAUAAACGUGCUCAAGAUGGAGGACCACCAGGGGGUUUUGCUGGCGAUAUCGAGACCAUGUUCACGGGUGAAGAGGGCUUCGGUCGCUUCUUUGAUCUCACAUUAGCCCAUGAGCAAUAUCUGAACUUGCCCGGCGUCAAGGGCGUGCGCAAGUUGACCUACCUACAAUAUCUCGACACUUUCGACAUCUUCACGCCUCCCAAGUGCAUCAUCACCCGGCAGGACAAGAUGACAGAGCAGUACUUUGCAUACGUCGGCUCAUUAGCAGAGUACCUGGAGGGCUUCUUGAGAAAGAUCAAGCCGCUGGAAGAUCUAGACAAAUUGUUCAAGAGCUUUGAUGACGAAUUCGAGCAAGAGUGGUCAGAGGAUACGGUGCCAGGCUGGGAAUCGAUCAAGGCAAGCGCGAACGGCACAUCCUCAAAUGGUCCGACAACAGAAGGCACAGGAGAGGGCGUCUGGUGCGCAGACUGUCAGAAGGAAUUCAACAAUGACAAUGUCUACAAAGCACAUUUGACUGGCAAGAAGCACAUCAAAGCUGCAGAAGCACGACAACAAAAGGCGGAGCACGGGACAACGGACACAGAAAUGACGAACGGAAACGGCACAGCAGGAAUCAACAUGGCGCGGUUGAAAGAACGCGCUGUCGCUGAGCGUGAGCAUCGCGUGCGUAGCCUCGCCAAGAAUAUGCAGACUCAGAGAGAAGACACCCGCGUCAACGUUGAGCGCAAAGCAGGCAUGACGGACAAGGAGCGCCAGCAAGAACUUGCAGCGUUGUACGAGGAGGACAACGAGGCGAUCGGUAGGUCAGUCAACCAGGAGGAGGAGGAAGAUGAGGGCGAGGAGAAAGUCUACAACCCUCUCAAGCUUCCGCUCGCAUGGGACGGCAAGCCGAUUCCUUUCUGGCUGUACAAGCUGCACGGCCUUGGCGUCGAAUUCCCCUGCGAGAUCUGCGGCAACUACGUCUACAUGGGGCGACGAGCGUUUGACAAGCACUUUUCUGAAGCGCGGCAUAUCUACGGCCUGCAGUGUCUGGGCAUCACCAAGAAUACAGGCCUAUUCAGAGAGAUCACCAAGAUUGAAGAAGCCGAGAAGUUGUGGGAGAAGCUGGAGCGCGAUCGCGCCCGAGACUUGGAGAAGAAGGGUGGAGAUGAUGGCGAUGGAAUCGUCGAGAUGGAAGACCCGCAAGGAAACAUCAUGCCGAAGCGAGUCUACGAAGAUUUGGCGAAGUCAGGACUUUUGUAGGACUUUUGACUGAGCGACGUCAAGUCUUCUGGCUUUUCAGCAACGAUGCGAGUGAUGGGAAGAUGCAGUCUGGGAAAUGCUUUGAAGCGCACGCCACCGGUUGGCAGAGAUGCGUUGGAAAGAUACCGCAUCGUUGCAAUUCGGGGCGUAUCCGACAGAGAGCUAGAAGGCGCAGCUCCAUGGGAUCGAUCUUCCAUGCGCAGGGCGCCUCAGUCUUCACAGUUGUUCAAGGACUUCCACCCGU